CCGCUUCAAUCCUCAGCAUCUGUUGCGUUCUAGGGUUAGGGCGGAGCGCUGCCGCCGCUGUCUGCCGAGCGUCGCCGGAGCCAUCUCUCUCGUCCCGCCGCCGACGACCCACGUCUCUCCCGCGAGGCGCCGUCGGCCCCGUCCCUCCCUCCUCCCGCGCAGCGCCGUCGACCCACGUCCCUCCCGCGCAGCGCCGUCAGCCCCCGUCCCUCCCUCCUCCCGCACAGCGCCGUCGACCCACGUCCCUCCCGCGCAGCGCCGUCGGCCCCCGUCCCUCCCUCCUCCCGCGCGGCGCCGCCGGCCCAGUCCCUCUCGCGCGGCGUCGCCGGCGCCGUCUCUUACGCCCGCCACCGAAAACUCUUGCAGUCCGCCGCCGGCCAGGCUUCUCCCGGGUGCCUUUGACCCCUGUCCCUCCCGCCGGCCAGGCUUCUCUUCGGCCCGCCGCCGACAACUCUCGCUGCCUCUGUACAGAAGACAGUGUCGCCGCCGCCGCCGUUUGUGCAGAGGGCCGCCGCCGCCGUUUGUUGAAAGCACGAGCGCCAGCUCCGUUGUCUGCCCCACGAGAGGUCUAUACAUUUUCCAUGGCGCUAGUUGUAAUGUGUGGUCAGCCUUGCAGUGGCAAGUCAGCAGCUGCAGCUUGCCUCGCUGCUGUUCUCUGCUCUGCCACAUCUGACCUCACUGUCCGUAUCAUUGACGAGUCGUCACUCCAUCUUGGACGCAAUGAUAGCUACAAAGAUAUGAUUGUGGAGAAAAACUUGAGAGGAGUUCUUAGAUCAGAAGUUGAUAGGUCUGUAUCACGAGACAGCAUAAUCAUUGUGGACUCUUUGAACAAUAUUAAGGGAUAUCGGUAUGAACUGUGGUGUCUUGCACGCGCAUCUGGAAUAAGAUAUUGUGUGCUUUUCUGUGAUACAGAAGUGGACCAGUGUAGGGAAUGGAAUACCAAGCGUCAGGAGAAAGGAGAUCCUGCAUAUGAUAAUUAUAUAUUUGAUGAUCUGGUAAGGAGAUUUGAGAAGCCGGAUAGGCGCAAUCGUUGGGAUUCUCCUCUUUUUGAAUUGUUUCCAUCUAGAGAUGGAAUAGUGGAAUCAUCUCCUGUUAUUGCUGAAGCUAUAUCAUAUUUGACUAAGAAAGUGGACUCUAAGACAAGAGAUGUUAAAGUUCUCCAACCGACAAUAGCCACUCAGACUUCUCGGACAACGGAGGCUAAUUCCCUUUAUGAGAUGAACAAAGCAACACAGGAGGUGGUCAAUGCAAUUGUUGAAGCACAGUCUUGUGGUCUUGGGCUUGCCAUAAAUAAGAUUUCUCUUGGUCCUGAUCUACCAACUAUUUUUCUUCAAAGAACAGUUGGGCUGCCUGAGCUCCGAAGCCUGCGACGUACUUUCAUUAAGUUGGCAGGGCAGUACAGCUUGAGUGGACCUCCCCCACCAAGAGACGCUGAUAGUGCAAAGAGAAUGUUUAUUGACUAUUUGAACAGGGAAAUCAGUUCCUGAUCGUAAUUUCUGAUGGAUCGACCCUAUAUGUAAACCCUACGUCUUGUGCGAGAAAGACAUCGAAAGUGCUUAUUGAGCCUAGAGAUAAAUCCUUCCCCCGUUGGACUUCUACACAUUGUCACUGUCACAACAUAUAAACUGCGCAAUUUUAAAACAUCGUCUAAUUUUCUCAGUGCGAUUUAUAACGAUAUAUUAUGAGGUUGAAAAGUUGCUUGAAUAUUUUGUUCGUGCUGCCUCGCUCGGUUCCUUUUAUAUU